GACCUCGGUAUAUAUAUAUAUAUAUAUAUAUAUAUAUAUAUAUAUAUAUAUAUAUAUAUAUAUAUAUAUUACGCUAAUUAGAAAUUUCGAUAGUUACUUAUGAUUUUAUAUAUUAUAGACGUAGGAUUUAAGUUUUUAAAAAGUUAAGAAAUUUUAUCAUAAAUAUAGAUGUGUGUUUUUGAUUGAUUCGAAAUAUUUUAUAUAAUUUCUCAAUAUGACUAAUUUUAUAGUUCUUCGUCCUUAUAAACGAGGAGACGAAUCAUUUUGCAAAACAUUACUUAAAAAUGGCAUAAUGGAAAAUAUAAACAGAACAUUCUUUAGAAUUAUAAUUAAAGAUGUUACUUUAAAUGUAGCAAUUUCUGUAGUUUCAAUUCUGUUUCUGUUAUUAGGAUUUCCUAUUCUUUCCUGUAUUAUAAGUUUACUUACGAAAGGAUUUCUAAUAUACAUUGUAACAUAUAUAAACUUUUGGGUUACUGCUAAAAAGAUUGAAAAAGAAGUAUCUGAGAUUCCACGGAUUUACACGUCAGAUAAUUCUUCCUAUUUUUGGAUAGCAGAAGCAUAUGAAGAUUAUUUAAUAAAUCGUCGUCAACGAGAUCAGAAAUAUAUAUUCAUGACAGAGGAAAAAUUUAAGGAAUCUAAUAUUAAUGUAUUUAGACAUGUUAAAAAAAUUGUAGGUACUAUUGCAUUGUGUAAAAGCACUAGGUUACAAAAUUCUGGUUGGAUAAAAAGAUUAACUGUUCACAAAAACUAUAGAAGGAAAGGCAUAGGAACUAAUCUUGUCAAUCUAGCUCUGGAAUUUGGCAGUCAACAAGGAUAUAGACGUAUUAAUGUGAUGAUUUCAGAUCAUAGAAAGGUUGCUAGAGAACUAUUUAAUAAAAAAGAUUUUGAAAUCUAUUUGUAUCAUAAAAGAUCUCUUUAUGGAACAUCAGUAAUACUAAUAUUUGUUGAAUUAACAUAUCGAUUAAAAUAUAAUGAUAAUGAUGCUGAGUUGCUUGCUACAGAUCCAUUUUAUACACAGGCUCAUUGA